UGUUUUGUUUGGCUAGGUCGUGCUGCCAUCAAGCACAUCUUAGAAACUGUGCAACUUAAGCUUCAUUCUUACAGUCAAGGGUGAAUCGUGUUUGCAGUUAAAGCAAGAUACUUCUCUUACAAACUGGUAACUUGAAGCUAUUUUUGCCAUGGGAGUUGUUUUAGGCGUCGAAAGGAUGCUACCGGCUAACUAAGAGGCAGCAGCUCAGUUUUCCAGGUAACCCUGGAGCUGCCAUGUAGCGCUGCAGACUGACGGUCCUGUUGUUGGUGUUUACAUCCCAGUCGUCGUCUCAAUGGGGAAAAGGAAAGACAUGAUCCACCCCAGGUUUCUUGGUGAAGGCGGCUCCAGCCUGCACAGCGUUCACAAGCGGAAACACAAAAAACACAAGAAGCACAAGAGGAAGCACCACAGCUUCGCCGAGGCCCCGGAGCCCGAGCCCAUCAUGGUUCCUCGGCCCCCAUCGCAACUCCGACUCAAAAUCAAACUGGGAGGACAGACGCUGGGCACCAAGAGUGUUCCCACCUUCACUGUGCACCCCGGGGUGGCCUGUCCUCCCACUCCCCUGAUGAUCAUUAAUAAUGUUGACGAUGAUGAUGACGACGACGACGAAGAUGAUGAUGACGAUGACGACGAUGAGCCCUCUGUGCCUUUGGAGCAGUAUCGGGCCUGGCUCGAUGAAGACAGCAACCUGGCGACGUCCCCGAUGCCGGACAUGGACUCUGACUCCAUGCUGGGCGUGCCCGUGGACGAGGAGGAGAGGUGGCUGGACGCUCUGGAGAAGGGCGAGCUCGACGACAACGGAGAGCUGAAGAAAGAGGUGGACGAGUCUCUGCUCACAGCCAGACAGAAAGCCCUGCUCCACAAGCAGCAGAGCCAGCCUCUCCUGGAGCUCCCCAUGGGCUACAAGGAGAAGGAGAUGACUGCCGAGAUGAUGCAGAAGCGCGAGGAACGAGCCCGGAAGAGACGCCUGCAGGCCGCCAAGAAGGCCGAGGAGAACAAGAACCAGACCAUCGAGAGGCUGACGAAAACCAGCAAGGCCAAGAUCAAGAGCAUGAGGGAGAGGAAGUCCAAGCAGAACCAGUGCCCCAUGAUCCGGUACAGCGACCGCGCCCAGGGCAUGGCCGUCUCCUUCCCCUCAGGCGUCCCGCCUCCGGCCCCGGCCCCUCCCCGUCCCCCGCCUGCGGCCCCGCUGAGCUGCGGGGUCAGCGGCUGCACCAACACCAAGAAGUACUCGUGCUCAAAGACCGGCGUUCCUCUUUGCAGCCUCGAGUGCUACAAGAGGAACCUGCUGCUGCUUCAGAGCGCCUGAACUGUUUACAAACGGACACGGAUCUGUAACGACAGCGGCGUGAGACAUUUACGCUACACAGACGCUGGCGGUGCCACAGAUGGUGAACUUGAAACAAAUCCUUUCGGGACGGAGAAUGUGGAUUUAUUUUUUAUCGUUUUGUCUUUUUUUGCUUGUAGUUGUGUCAUAUUAAUAAUAAUGCUUUCCCCUGCUGCCAUGCUGGGUACACAAAUCAAUUAUGUACAUUAUAAAAUGUUAAAGAUCUGUGUACCAAGUAUUAUACAGUAUUUAUGAUUUGUUGGAGACGACAUAAAAUUAAUAUUUUUGAUAAGUUUGGAGAAAGAGUAGUUCUGACUAAGGUUGUCAUAAUACUUGCAUUUUAAAAUAGAAUAAUACUAGUUUAGAAAAAAAAAAAAUUAAACAGUUUAAUUACAAAUUCCUAGGCAAAGUUGAAUUUUUUUUAAUUAACAGCAUGCACAUGGUUUGUUUUCUUCCCUAAUGUUUCAUCUGUGGAGCCUUCGCUCAAAAUAGUUUUUGUCAGGUUUACUCAAAUUAAUUGCAUACGUAAGUUUAACAUAAACCAAAAAAUAACCAUUUAUUUAAUUAAAUCAAAUAAAACUGACACAGAUUAUAAGACAUUUAUGUAACUGAAGCUAAUAUAAUUUAUCUAAAUUACAAUGAAAAAGUUUAUGUAAUUAACGUAAUCACUGUUUAUAUAUUAUAUUUAUGGAUGUGACCGAGCAAAUAAAAAGCAAAAUCUUUUCAAUUGGAACAAAAACACAUUUAAAUAGAAUAUUAAAUUACUCAAAUCAAAAUUAAAUAGAAUUUAUUAUCAGUAAUUACAUAAACAUAUCAAAAUAA